AUGCUGAAACCAUGCUGGACAUGCCGCAGCCGUACAGUUCAAUGCGACCAAUCUCAAACCCCUUGCUUCAAAUGCAAGAAAGCCGGUCUGGAAUGCCAUGACAAAAGACCGCUGAGAUGGGUUAAAGGUGUGGCGAUUCGGGGAAAGCUGCGAGGCCAUGUUUUCAAAGGACCAGCAUUGCCGGAGAAAACUCAAGCCUUGCUUCAUUCAGCAACGCACUUAAAGAUACUUAACAAACCUUCGUUUGCUCUGCAGGACCCACGUAUAUACAAUUUGGAUCAGCGAUCGAAAUAUUACAUUGAUUAUUGUAAGCCUAUGCGUGCCGUUGAUGAAAAGCAAUACAGUAACAGAAUCUGCAAGCUGUUUAUUCUGUUUGACAGUGGCAGCAAUCCGUUUCGCAACUUGCUGUCUAUCGGACUGGAGGACCCGACUUUACGAAAGUCAAUAAUUGCUCUUGCGGCUCGACACUAUGCUAAUACCGGCUAUUCAUUUGAUGCAACUAACCCGACUAUUGAUUCUCAAUUUGCGGAUGCCAAUAUGGAUGCUCUUCUAUACAAAAAGCAAACUAUAGAGGCAUUGUCAUCGUCAUUGCAUCAAUCAGGACUUUGCAGGAGAGAUCAAACCAUGGCGACUAUCCUUCUUCUCAUUUUUCUUGAUAUUCUUGAAUCGGGGAUUGACGGAUGGAAUUUUCACCUUCAGGGAGCAAAAGGCUUACUGAUUCUUAAUCGUUCCCUCCUCGACCCUAUCUCAGAUGCUCAUAGCAGCAUUGACCCUGGGAAUAUGGUUCAAGAGACGAGACGAUUUAUUAAGGACCAGUUUUCAUUAAUUGAAACACUUGGAACUUCUCUUUAUGGAACCUCCAAUAUCGUCUCUGAAGAUUUUCUCUGCAGUGAGGAAACUCAUCAAGAGUCAAUCGUCAGGAGCUUUCUUGGCUGCCCCAAAUUUCUCUUAAGAGCGAUCCAGUUUUUUUCUAAUCAAAGAUAUGUGCUCGCGGAGUCCAAAGGCGGAAACGAAUUUACGAACAAUAAAAAUUUACAAAAUACCGUUAUGAUGCUGGAAUUGACUGAGCAGUUUGAUUGUUUUGAAUGGGCUUCAACCUUCCAACAACAUGCAGCACCCUCGGCGAAUGAAGUGAUAAAAAUAUGCCUGUUAUCACAAGCGUACAAAGCUGCGACAUUGCUAUAUGGAAAUCGAGUGCUUGGUGCCGUGAAGACGUCAAUCUUGAACACCGAAAAUUUGAUCAUACAGUUACUUGGCUCUAUUGAAGCGCUACAAGGUGAUACGACAAUUUUCAAGUGCCUUAUAUGGCCUGUCUUUAUUGCUGGUCUCGACUGUUCGUCAGAGAGCCAGCGGAACUUUGUUCUGAAUUCUUUGCGCAUGCUUUGGGGUUUGACAAAUUGUGUCAACGUUAUCAGUGCCUCCAAUGUUCUGAAGGAAAACUGGAAACAGGAGGAACAGUUCGGAUCCUCGGUGGAUGAUAUCUCGGACGUUUGUAGAUUGGGCCGUGGCAUGCUUCUUAUUUGA